GCCGAUUUUGGAGAGGCACAAGAAGGGGAGGGGAGCAACAGACAGGAGGAGGCGUUAGGCAAGUCGCAGCUGGAAAGGACUCAGGGCCCCUCCAACCCAGGGUGAUGCUGAAACUGCAGAGAGUCUGAUUCCCCAAGGGUCUGGCAAGUUAGUCGAAGCGACUCCGCUGCCUUCCAUGUUUUGGAGUCAUUGACUUCUGGGCCGUCCGGUAUCUCUUGAUGGAUAUAAACAGCCUCCAGAAAGGCAAGAGGCGUAGAUGGCGUGGCAUGCGAACCAGGAGCCAGAGUCUCUUCCCUGAGUAGGAGGCUGCCUCAUUGCAGCUUAGCCAGGAUCAAGGCGAACUCCUUCACUUGCCUCCCUGUGUUGCAUAAGAAACUGCUGUUAACGUUCCAGUCUCCUCCCAGUGCCAUUGCACGGCAUUUGUUACCCAGUGCAUUCAUCCUACAGGCCAUUUCUUGCUUCCCUGGAUCCUGGUCUGUUGCCUUCUUCCGCCGGUGCCAUGGCGGGCAGCACCGGCCCCUUCCUGCUUUGGGCUCAGGAUGUAGCAACGCUGCUGAUUCUCCGGGUGCGCCGCACAGUCCUGCAGACGGCUGUUUUGCUCUGUGUCUUACUGCUUCUCCUUUGGGUGUCCAUCUUCCUGUAUGGCAGUUUCUACUACUCUUACAUGCCUACGGUCAGCUACGUCAGCCCUGUACACUACCAGUUCAGGACAGAUUGUAACUUGCCUGGACCAGAACUGUGCUCUUUUCCUGUCGCCAAUGUUUCCUUCCUCAAGAACAGCCGUGACCGGGUCCUCAUGUAUGGCCAGCCGUAUCGCAUCUCUGUGGAGCUGGAGCUGCCGGAGUCUCCUGUCAACCAGAACCUGGGGAUGUUCAUGGUGGUCAUAUCCUGCUACACCAAAGGCGGCCGCGUCAUCUCCUCCUCAGCCAGAGCCAGCACGGGAUAUUCUCCCAAGGUUGCAGGCAGACAUGCAAUGCUGCACUACCGUUCAAGCCUGCUUCAGAUUUUGGACACCGUAACUUUUGCCGGCCUCUUCUUGUCGGGUUUUUCAGAGCAGAAGCAAACUGUGGAGGUCGAGCUGUUUUCAGACUACAUGGAGGACUCGUAUUCUCCGACAAUUGGUGCAGUAAUUGAGAUCCAAACCAAAAGGAUUCAUAUUUAUGGGGCCCAGCUGCGAAUUCAUGCUCACUUCACUGGCUUGCGGUACCUGCUCUACAAUUUCCCGGUCACCUCCGCCAUCUUGGGUGUGACCAGCAACUUUGUCUUCCUCAGCGUCCUCGUCCUCUUCAGCUAUCUGCAGUGGAUCUGGGGCACUGUGUGGCCCCGAGACUCACUUUCUGUACAGGUGUCUGGCCAAGAAGGAUCUGGCACACAGCCGCGAGAAGACGUACGCAGGCGGGUUGUGAUCCCCAAAGCAGGUGCUGAGGAAGCAGAGGAGGUUCCCCCGACACAACCCGAAGAUGUGGGGGCUGCUGAAGGCACAGAGCUGUCUGAAGCAGCUGCUGAGAUGCAAGCCAAGAAGAGCAACGUUGGAGAACUUGAUUCUGGAUCAGAAACGAGCCUAGAGACAGAGUUUGAGACCGUGGACAAUUCUUCGCUGCUCACAGAGGCCAACUUCCCAGUCCCUUCCCAGGAGAGCGAUCCUUCAAACCUGCUAUCUUCAGAAGGAAAGGCCCCUUCACCAGGCACAGAGAUCCGCCAGAGAAGUGUUUGCUCUAGUUCUUGAGAGGUCCUGGUUGCUCAAACCCCCCUCCCCUCGGCAUUUGCACUUCUAAUAGCAUACGCCCAGCACAGGCCUUGCUUACCCUAGGGAAGCUCCGGCUCCCAGCUUGUGUUUACAUUCCAGCCCCUUUAUUGCCCGGAGACACUGUAACUUAAUAAAAUUUAUCUGCUAACCGUUAA